AUUAUUAAAACAUUCUACAUAAGCUUAUAAAUAUCUGUCUCCUCCAAGGUUCUGUAAAAGCAAAAUACAUAGAAAUAGAUCUCGAUUCACCGACAAAAAGGGUAAAUUAAUUUAUAGUUAUGAAGAAAUUAUUUUUCUUGAAAUCUUUAUCAAGAUCGGUCCAUGAUGAUAACAAUCAAGAGCAUAAUAUUCAAGAAAAUGAGACCAAGAUUACUACAGAUCAUUCGACGUGUACAUCAUUAACAGUGUGGAGAAAAUCACUGCUUGUUAAUUGCAAUGGAUUUACGGUGAUUGAUUCACAUGGAGAUUUAGCUUAUCGUGUGGAUAAUUAUAGUGUUCAUCCUCAUGAACUUAUUCUCAUGGAUGGUUCAGGAAAAUCCAUUCUCACAAUGCUUCGUCGAAAGAAGUUUGGAUUGGGAGAUAGUUGGGUUGUGUAUGAAGGAGAAGUUGGUAGAAGUUGUUCAACAACAAGAAGAGCAAAGUUGGUCACAGAGAAGCCAAUUUGGAGUGUAGAGAAGCAAAUGAGCAUAUUACAAGGAAAUGAUAAUGUACUUGCAUAUGUUUAUAGAGGCAGCAGAAUACAGAAAAUGAACUAUUUUUAUGUGAUUGAAGGUUCUUAUAGACAUAGAUCAUGUAAAAUCAUGGACCGAUCAAGAAAAGUCGUGGCAGAGAUCAAGAAAAAAGAAGCAAUAGGCCAUGGAGUUUCUUUUGGUUUAGAAGUUUUUGUAUUAGUUGUGCAGCAGCCAGGGUUUGAUUCUGGUUUUGCUAUGGCUCUUGUUUUAUUGCUAGAUCAAAUGCAUUCAUAGAUUUUUAA